AUGUCGCUCUGGAGUCGGUAUACCGAUUUUAGUCCAUGGCAGGUCGUCUUGAGGUCUGACGUCUCUCAGUCUCUCGACUGGGAACCGAUAAACCAUGAUAACUUGAAUGCAGUGUGGUACAGCACACUCAUGAUUCCAGCAUAUUUUGCCGCUGCAUCUGCGCUUCUUCUCUUGCUACAUUUAAUAACGCUAUCUAAGCCGGUCAAAAAGCUUUGGUCGCGUUUCCUGCCCCCUAAGACAGAGGAAGAGCCCAGCCUUUUCUUCGAUGAACCUACUAUAGCUGAUGGAUUUUUCUCCGAGGCUAAAGUAUUCAUCUCUCGGCAUGGUGGUUGGGUCAUUUUUGCGUACAAGUUUGCAAGAUUUAUCGGUUGUCUUGCGUUUCUGGGGCUGUCAUUAGCUACUUUCAUAUUAGAUGAACGUGAAGAGCGCGCAACCGGAGCCAACAAACUGUCCAAAGGAAAGCAUCGCAGGCCCCAUCCCUCUGAUGGCUACAUUCCGUUCUCUCGCGCCGAGUGGUUGCAAUUUGCCUUGUGCAUGACUGCUGCUUAUGCAUCUAUUCUCGGGCUCGUUUCGGUGACAACGAAACCUCGAUGGAGCAGGCUGGUGUCCAAUCACCUGGCUACUCUUCUCUUUGCAGUCUUUGCGGUCUUUGCGUACCGGGAUCUGUGGCCCCUUAUUACCUUCCAUAAACAACCCAAGGAUUUGAAAGAAGGGGGCUUGUUGUGGGCGAAAGUCACUAUUCUUUUUUUGUCAAGCAUCGUAUUCCCUCUCGUGAGCCCGAGACAAUAUGUUCCAGUAGACCCUGCGAACGUCUCUGACAAUCCUCACCCCGAGCAAACUUCUUCUUGGCUGUCUAUGAUUUUUUAUACCUGGCUGGACCCCAUCGUCUUCAAGGCGUAUCGAGUUCCCCACCUGUCGCACGAAGAACUUCCCCCACUGGCCGACCAUGAUUAUUCCAGGAACCUCAAAAAGAAGAGUUUCCCCCAUCUUGACCCCUUCUCCGGGAGCCGAAGGCGACAUAUAUUCUUCGGCCUCAUGAAGACUUUCUGCGUUGAGUAUAUAGUCAUGUCUGUUACGAUUGUUCUCCAGGUGCUGGCAAGACUAGCCGCUCCCUUUGGAAUUAAUCAACUUUUGCUUUAUGUUGAGACGAAAGGCGAGCGUGCUGUGGUCCGUCCAUGGGUCUGGAUAUCCUGGCUGUUCUUAGGACCACUUGUGGGUUCCUUGGCAUGGCAGUGGUAUAUUUACAUUGCGACACGCGCACUCGUGCAUACGGAGGGUAUUCUCACGCAACUGGUCUUCGAGCAUGCGCUCCGAAUCCGAAUGAAAGCUGAGCUCCCCGAUGACGGCAAGAAGUCUGGGGAGUCUACAGCACCAUCUACACCAGACAGUGCAUCUGUAGCUGGAUCUAGCACUGCUGCUGUGGAUGAAAGUACAGAUGGCAGUGGCGAUGAGACGCUGCAGGCCAGUGCCGAGACCAUAUCAAUAUCUGCCACGAAAAAAGGCAAGCAAAAGUCCCAGGAUGUCAAAGAACUAGACAGUUCGCCGAAAAAGCAUUCGAGUGCUGACAACCUUGUUGGAAAAAUUAAUAAUCUUGUUACAACUGAUUUGAGCAAUAUUACCGAUGGACGAGAUUUUCCUCAUGGUCGGCAAGUCAAACUCAACUCUGAUGGACGCGUGCUUUCUGACGCAUAUUUUCGUCCAGCGUUGUACAUGCCACUUCAAGUAGGCACGUGCAUGUGGUUCUUGUACGAAAUUCUUGGCUGGAGUGCCUUUGCCGGCUUGACUGUUAUGAUCGUCUUGUUCCCUCUCCCUGGGUACGUCGCCCAGCGGAUUCAAAAGGUGCAGGCAGAGAAAAUGCACAAGACGGAUGCCCGGGUGCAAACCGUGACCGAAACUAUGAAUGUUCUGCGUAUGAUCAAGCUGUUCGGAUGGGAAGAGAAAUUGGACGCGAGGAUCAGCGAAAGAAGAGAAGUAGAACUUGUCUGGACGUGGAAGACGAAGAUCUUAGAACUGGUGAACAACAACUUGAACUACAUAAUUCCACUGUUUACCAUGAUGGCUUCUUACAUGACAUUCACUCUUAUUAUGGGACAAAACUUAUCUGCUUCAAAUGUUUUUUCGUCGAUGUCAGUUUUUGACAUUCUGAGAGACCAGUUGAACAUGGUGUUCUUCAUGAUUCCAAAAUUUACUCAAGCCAAAGUAUCGCUGGAUCGCGUCAACAGUUUCCUGACUGACACAGAACUAUUGGAUGCCCACGAACAGCAGGACGACGACAGAGUCCAGCUCUUUGUCCAGUCAGAAGAGGAAUCUGACCUCAUUGGCUUCAGAGACGCUGUCUUUGCAUGGUCUAAUGAAUCCCAUGGGUCGCUGACACCGUCGAAGCGCAAGUUCAGGCUUCGCAUCGAUGGUGAGAUUUACUUCCAACACGGUUGUAUCAACCUUGUCGUCGGACCGACAGGUUCUGGGAAGACAUCAAUGCUUAUGGCUCUGCUCGGCGAAAUGCACUUCACGCCCUCUGGUCCAACAUCUUGGUUUAACCUCCCUCGCAAAGGCGGUGUAGCCUAUGCCGCGCAAGAGUCCUGGGUCCAGAAUGAAACCAUUCGGGCCAACAUCCUUUUUGGUGCACCCUAUGAUAAGAUUCGAUACGAGAAAGUCUUGUAUCAGUGUGCUCUGGAGCGUGACCUGACUUUGUUCGAAGCGGGCGAUCAAACGGAAGUUGGAGAAAAGGGUCUUACGCUAAGUGGCGGUCAGAAGGCACGAAUUACCCUUGCAAGAGCUAUCUAUUCUUCGGCAAACACACUGCUGCUUGAUGAUGUUUUGGCUGCUCUGGAUGUCCACACGUCCAAGUGGAUUGUAGAUAAAUGUUUCGCAGGAGAUCUUGUCAAAGAUCGAACAAUUAUCCUUGUGACACAUAACGUUGCUAUGGCGAGUUCUAUAGCGCACUUCGUCGUGUCUAUGGGUUCCAACGGACGGAUUGUCAGCCAUGGAUCGAUAUUGGAGGCCAUUGCAAAGGACAACAAGCUUGCAGCGGAAAUGGCCAAAGAACAGGAAGUCCUCGGUAAAGAGGCUCAGGUCGUGGACACUCCAGAAGAACCGAAGGCCAAGUCCGAUGGCAAGUUGGUGAUGUCUGAGGAAAUUGCAGAGGGUCAUGUUUCCUGGCCAGCUUUCAAGCUCUACCUGACCGGCUUGGGGGGGAACUAUCCUGUGACAUUCUGGGUUGCGUUCUUGGCUCUGAUGGGGUUGACGGACUUCUCCAACACUGUGCAAACCUGGUUCCUUGGGUACUGGGCAUCUCAAUACGAAGAUCAUCUACCCUCAGAGGUCAAUGUCAAAUUCUAUCUCUUCGGAUAUGCCUUGCUCAUGCUCUCUGGCUGUCUCAUGUAUUCAGUUGGGUAUUACAUGUACUAUCGGGGUUCGAUGCGGGCGUCACGAUCCAUUCACAAGAAACUCAUUCAAUCUGUACUUGGAACAACGCUAAGAUGGUUAGAUACGACACCUACAUCUCGAGUUAUCACCCGGUGCACGCAGGACAUAAGAGCCAUUGAUGGUCCGUUUGCGCAGGGAAUUGGUUGGGUCGUUGAACUUUCUUUGACGAUGAUCGUGAAACUCGGAGCCGUUGUGGCCAUGACGCCUGUCUUCUUGGCGCCCGGUCUCUUUAUCGGCUUGCUAGGUGGAUGGGUCGGUCGCAUCUACAUGAAAGCUCAACUAUCAGUCAAGCGAGAGAUGAGCAAUGCGAAAGCACCGGUGCUUGGUCACUUCGGGGCUGCUAUUGCAGGACUUACAUCGAUCCGAGCGUAUGGUGCAGAGGAGGCAUUUAAAGAAGAAUCUCUUAAUCGCAUCGAUCGCUACACUAAAUCAGGGCGCAUGUUCUAUAACUUAAAUCGUUGGGUUUGUGUCCGUAUUGAUAUUAUCGGUGGUGGAUUCUCGGCUGGUCUUGCCGCUUAUCUAGUGUACGGUCGUGGAGUCCAUGAGGCGUCAAACAUUGGUUUCUCUCUGAACAUGGCAGUCGGUUUCAGUUCCAUGAUCCUUUGGUGGGUUCGUAUCCUCAACGAGGUGGAAGUCAGUGGCAAUAGUCUAGAACGGAUCGAUAGUUAUAUCAAGAUCGAACAGGAGCCUAAGUCUACCGAAGGCGGCCAGCCGCCUGCGUACUGGCCUGCCAGCGGUGAUCUGCGCGUAGAAAAUUUGUCGGCCCGCUACUCGUCGGAUGGACCUAAAGUUUUGCAGGACCUGUCUUUCCACAUCAAAUCAGGUGAACGCGUUGGUAUCGUGGGGCGAACUGGAAGCGGAAAGAGUUCAUUGACCCUUUCGCUCCUUCGCUGCAUUUUCACGGAAGGCAAUGUUUAUUAUGAUGGGAUUCCGACAAGUGGGAUCAAUUUGAAUGCCCUGCGGUCCAACGUGACCAUCAUACCUCAAAUCCCCGAGCUCCUGAGCGGAACGCUCCGUCAGAACUUGGAUCUCUUCGAUCAGCACGAUGAUGCGGUGCUUUACGAUGCUUUACGCGCUGCCGGACUCUUUGCUGUCCAAGACGAGUCCGAGGCGAGUUUAACGUUAGACAGUGCGAUCGCAAGCGGAGGAGGGAAUCUAUCAGUCGGUCAACGCCAAAUCUUAGCUCUGGCUAGAGCUAUGGUCCGCGGAAGCAAACUUCUUAUACUGGAUGAGGCAACUUCCGCUAUUGAUUAUAAGACCGAUUCUGCCAUUCAAUCUUCUCUCCGCAAUGAGCUGAAUAACGUGACCCAGAUAAUCGUUGCACAUCGGUUGCAGACGAUCAUUGAUGCUGACAAGAUUAUGGUCCUCGAUGCCGGUCAACUUAUCGAAUUUGGUAGUCCAUUGGAGCUAUUGCAAAAUGAACAGGGUAUGUUGCGUGCUCUCGUGGACGAGUCUGGGGACAAAGAAGCAUUAUACGCGGCGGCUCACGGCAAGCCACUGGAAGAAGCAGAAAGAUUAUAG